AUGAGUUUCGAAUAAUUGCCACGUCAUUAUCUAAGGAAAUAAGAUGGCCGAUUUUUUAAUUCUUAACCUUUAUAUGUAAGGUCGAAAAACAUCAAACACAAUCUUUAGUACUGGCAAUAUUGCCAGAAUUUAAAGAUUUUUUUUAACAUAAGGGAUACCAAUAAAUUAUUUUAGGGUUUUAUCCGAAUUUAAAAGAUUUAUUGGCUAAAUUGUAUAGUUAGCAAAUUUUCCAAUUGCUUCGUUAACUAAUUUUCAUUUAAAUGAAAUUAAUUUGUAUCAUAAAAUACAUUAUUAUGCUACUCUUCGUUGAAAUAUUUUUCUCUUUCGUCAAUCAAGUUUGGCAGCACCGGUAAAUUCAAAAGUCUUGAUGGUUGAUGUUUCCAUAGGCGUCGUUGAUUAGUAAUCGUCUAUAGAAAGUUUAUCACUAAUAUUAUUUUGUACAAUGAUUUCUUAUAAAUUUAAAGUAAGUAAUUAAAUUGUGUUGGUGUUUUGAAACAAACUGUUGAUACUAUUUCGAAGUGUUAACUAGAAUAGACCGAGAGGUGAUAUAUUUUUCCUUUCAAGCGUAAUUUCGUACAAGGUAAGCCAAUUUUUAUGUGAAUAAAGUUCAAAACCCCUUUUAUUCUUUACGCACCGAUGUCUAUGCUUAUAAUUAACAGUAAAUUCAACUAUUUAUUCAACAAUUAGUUUAAUUAGUUUCGUAAUAUACCUUACACGUAAAAAAAUGUUACCGUAUUUCGCUAAAGGACAAGUAAUCAAAGGUUUCGGACGAGGUUCAAGAGAUUUAGGAUGUCCUACAGCGAAUUUAUCUCGUGAUGCGGUCGAGGCUCUACCAGAAGAUUUCAAAACCGGCGUAUAUUUCGGCUACGCUUCUGUAGAUUCUGGUAAAGUUUAUAAAAUGGUGAUGAGCCUUGGUUGGAAUCCGUUUUAUAACAACGAAACUAAAACAAUGGAAAUUCAUAUUUUACACGAGUUCGAAAGUGAUUUUUACGAUAAAGAAUUACGUGUCGCGGUUUUGGGUUAUAUGAGACAAGAAAAAAAAUUUGGUUCAGUAAAUGAAUUAAUUGACGCUAUAAAAGACGAUAUUUUACAAGCUAAAAAUGAAUUGAACGCAUCAGAAUUUGUAAUUUAUAGAAAUCAUUCGUUUUUUAUAAAAUGAUUACAUAAUUAGUUCA